AUGUUGCAGUCGCCUUUUUCUUUCCCUUCGAGGCCAGCAGCUUUGAACAGGAGGAAGAGAAGCCAUUCGUCACGCUGUAGCUCAACCACGGCUGCGGUCUGCACCAACGCCACCAACAGCCCCUCGACUUUGAAAACGCCGCAAACUCCCAUCCAGCAGCUUGUCAGCAGCGACCCCAUAAGCUGCCAUUCGCUUUCGCCCACGAUCCGCCUGAGCCCCCCUUCCGGCACAGCUUUCCCGUCGUCGUCGCCGGCCUCGUCGAGAAUAGACAAGUCCAAGAGACGCUGCACUCGCGGAGCCGCCACCGCCGGCAACAGCAGCAAUGCCACUGCCCCGGGCACCAAUAACAUUGCCAACAGCAAUACCCCCGCCAGCGGCACUGCCACGCGAAUCACCACCCCCGUUGUCGCAAACGACACCCUCUUGUCGUCUCCACCGCCACGAGCGCCAAGAAGAUCAUACCACACGCCACCGCGCACAGUCUCGCGGCGGGCCUCCUUGAAUGCCGACAUGAUGGCUGAAACCAUGGCGUCGGUCGAGUCAAGGCUAACCUUGCUCCAAGUCAGAAUCGACGGGUUGCAGCUGGAGUCGAGCCAGACUAAACAAGACAUGAGCCGGUUGUUGCAGUUGACCAUGGCCGACUUGCGUCUUGUGCGCAUGAUGCAGGAUGACAUCAGUAACGACCCCCAGGUGCAGCUGCGCUUGUUGCCGAGGAAAAACUCGCGAGACUUGUUUCUGCUGGUUUGCUCGGACUUUGAAGAUGAUGAUGAUGACGACGACGACGACGAGGCUGCUGAUGUGGAUGAUGAAGAGGAGGACGAGGAGGAGAGCCGGAGGCAGGUUUACGCGCAGACGGGGUAUACGUUUGAGACUCCCAAGGACAAGAUCUACUAG